AUGUCACUGCUCGGCUCGUUUAGUUUUGGUCAGAAACAUUCCUACUUUCACGUCCAACUCACCAUUCACGAGCUUACCAACGUUCCUCUCGUCAACGGCCUUUUCGCUUGCAAAUGGAAGAUCAAGGGCUCCCACUCCUUGGCCAGCUUGCAACAUGCAGCAGCAGCCGCUGUCCACCAACAGGCUACGCGCGUCGUCUCGAAUGUAGCCCGCAAGGCAAUGACAACCUCACAUCAAGAAACCGUCAGAACGACCCACGCCAAUGAUAACGAAUCAAAAGAACCCCAAAACCUCUCACUCGGUCUCCCUUUGGAGCAUUCCAACGCUCAACGCCAAGCGAGUGGAUCUACAAGUGCAGACGCCGCUUCCAUCCUCAGUCAGUCCAGCAGAGAUACAUCUCAGCACUCGUCGCACAAACCUGGCCUCCUCUCCCAACUUCUGCACCCCUUGGAUCCACCACAGACCCAUCCCAAGCGAUCCGAACACACAGAUGACGACAAUUCGGAUGCUCUAGUAGCAACGCCAGCACUCCAUGCACAAAAGUGCGACAGCCAUGCCUCCCUUUCUCCCUCUGAUGCGCUCGAAGCUGGCUCUAUACACUCUCGAUCUCGCGCAGAUAGCAUCACCAGCCGCAAGACUUGCAACUCCCGCACAAAGUCGAUCAAAGACUUUGUUCAAUCCAAGACGGUCGAAACACAAGAUCACAACGUCGAUCCGCUCCUCUUCUUCUCCCAAGAACCCAAGGGCGAAACCGACUUUGUCAAAGUGCAAGAUCACCUGGUCGAGUGGCAGCGAGAGGUACAGGUCGGAAUGCGCAUCGCUAUUGGCAAGCCAAGGACGUCUCCAUCCAGCAGCCAUCACGAUAGUCCUUCCGUCUCGGCCAAGUCAAGCGCAAAGGACCUCAGAUCGCGUGCCCAUCGCGAACAGCAUCUCGAUGAUCUCUCCACCGCCUGGGGCCGUCUCACAAAUUCGGAACUCAAACUCACCAUUCGCCAAGAAAUGCCCGCCAAUGUCAAAUCCACCACUCAUCCAAACGUCUUCGGCAACGUCGUUAUCGACCUUUCCGAAUUUGCACCUGACCCACCCGCCACCAGCUCGAGCGCGCGCCACCGUCAUCACCACCACCACCAUCAUCAUCAUCAUCACCCGCACCAUCAUCGCUCUCUCCACGCUACUAGCGGCGAUCACUCGUAUCGCGACCGUGCCUGCCGCUCCGAGACGCGAAAGUUCUUGCUCAACGGCAGCAAAACCAAUGCCACCGUCAAGAUCACCAUCACAAUGACAUUUCUUGGCGGCGCAAGGGAAUACUACGUCCCACCCAUUUCCAACGGUCUCAUGGUCAACGGCCUCGGAUCCAUCAUGGCGCCUACCUUGCUCGAACACAGCCACGACAGCGCUUCUCUGCAAGUCACCAGCUGUCGAGCAUCUUCGAAAAGCAGCAACUCGGAAAGCAGCAGCCUCCGCAACGAGCCUGUCCGUACCAGUGCGUCGAAUCGCAACCGAGAGAACAUCGGCUCUGGCUUGCCAAGUGCCAGCAGUCUCUCGCUUCACAACUUCAACUCGGACCAAUCCCAGCAUAACCUGUAUGGACCGCCGCUUCGUUCGAUCUAUGCCAAAAAGACGUGGACCAAUCGCAUCCCGCAAGAGAACCUUGUUCCUGCCACUCCUGGUUCCGAAGAGGCAAAGAGAAAGGCGCGCCGCACUAACGAAAUCUCUUACCUCACAGGCCGCACCCAAGGUGAUCGUGCACCCGACGACAUUGUCAACGCCAUCUUCAAGGGCAUUCCUGUUGGCGGAAGCCACCAUGGUCAGCUACAUGACGACGCUGCUGCCGCUGCUGCAAAGGCUGCUUCAAAGGCCGCUGCUGCUCGUGCUUCCAGGGCUGAGCGUGCAACAGUGAUCGUAGACUCGCAAGCCCAACAGCCCUCGAGUAAGCCAAGCAAGUCGCCAGAGCGUACACGUGAGCGCAUCCGCACCAUUAGUUCAGCCUCCAGUCUUUCGAAAAAGUCGGAGCGCUCUUUCUCCUUUGGUCUAGGUCGAAACAAGGAAAAGGAAAAGGAAAAGGAAAAGGGCAAAGACAAGGACAAGGACAAGGACAAGGACAAGAAAAAGGAAAAGGAAAAGGAAUCCAAGGAAAAGGUAAAGGACAAGGACAAGGUCCCAACAAACAAUAUCCAGAUCAAGCCCGUUAAGAGCCAGUCCACCACGGAUGCAAAGAGUGGGUCCAGAGACAAGACGCAGAGCCCCCUUCUCAGCGUUCCCAGCUCUGGUGGCAGCAGAGUGGCGCCCGAUGUGCUGGUAGAGUCUCCAUCGGCCUCUGCAGAAGCGCUGCCUCGCAUCAACAGUGAUUCAGCUAUCGCGGUAGUUUCCGCGGUGACACGCACGUCGACCAAGCGGCUCUCGUCAGUGCGAUGGGCCUUGGGCGGCUCUGUUGAUGCAGCAAGCGACGCCAGCUCCGCGCAAGAAACUUCUCUUGGGGACACGGAGGCGCGCGAUCGUGCUGCCAUGCCUCCGCCUCCAUCCGUUGUAGUGAAGCAUGCUUAUAUUCCUAUUCGGGCCGGUGGCAUCACUGCUGCAACUUUGUCAGAUGUCGAUCUAGCUGGAGAAGCCGACAACGGCUCGGGUCCAACGCAGCUAAAAGACAAAGAAAAACGUGCCGGGGACGCGAAUCUGUCGCCGCUCGCAGUUCCGGUCUCUUCACCCGCAGCUCCGUCCAAGGCAGAGCCCAUCAAAGGAGCUGACGCCGCUAGUCUGCGCCCUGAAACUGAAUCGUCUUCGACUAGUACAGUGGGCGAUGCCAAAAAACCUAGCUCCAACGAUCUCAAAGGGCUGUACCAGGCCAGACUUUCAAUUCCUCAGAGCCUUUCGAACAGCACAACGGUGGGCUUGGAGCGGCUCAAGCGCACAAGUCGUGCCAUUGGCCAAUUUGCCAAAGAUGCAGCGAGAUCGAGUCGUUCAUCGUCGCGUCCCAGUUCAAGCUCGAGUGCGACAUCUUUGCAUGACAGCCAGGGCGUCUCAAGCCGAGAGAGAAAGUCCAAGGGCAAUCGCGGCAUUGAACCCUCAGAAGCCGCGUCGAAAGGCUGGCAAGGCGCAGGCUGGCUUCGACCGAUCUCAACCACGCCUGCACCACUCCCGCCUUGUUCGCCAGACUCGACCUCUUCAGACGAAGAUGAAUCCGAGCACGAAAAUUACGCCGAUGCAGAUACGAAUGCAUUGGGUAAGCUCGAGACGCGUACAUCACUCGACGGACGACAAUCAUCUGCUACCGACCAAACGGCCCUUUCGGACACACUCGAUACGCCAAAGAUGUCGCCAUCCGAGACAUUUCGGUCUGAGCACAACCGCGAGGGCUCUUUCGCAUCCAUCUAUCACGAUGUCGAAGAUGGUGAUCCCUGGACCGAAUCAGACGAGCCAGUCAAGCUGUUGUCGCCCGCCAUUACCACAUCAGCAUUCCCAGUCCACAACACGUCGCACUAG